AUGCCCAGAGCACACGGCGAGGAGACUGAAGCUUCUGAGGCUCCCAGGCCAGACUCGUCCGGGUCUCCCAGGAGACACUACCACAAGGUGAAGCUGGAGAUCGAGGUGGUGAAGGCCUCGUCAAUCCCAGAUGCCACGUACUUUGCAUCGUGCGAUCCCUACGUCGUAGUGAGCAUCGUCGACGGAGAUCCAUUGCAGGAUCCCCGUGCCCUUUCAGGUUACCAGGAGUGGCGUGCCCUUCACGAGCAGUGGAGUGGACAGACAAAGGUGAUCGAGGGCACGCGGGAUCCGCAAUUCCGCGCUCGUUUUCGGGCGGAGGUUCGCAACAGGGAGAAGACCCACAUCCACUUCCGGUUGUUGGACCAGGACAGCAUCUCCCAUGCAGAUCGGGACAUCGGGCAAGCCGCUGUCCCCCUGCGAGACGUCCUCGACGACUCUUGGGCGGCUGUUCGCGGGCUUGCGCUUCGGCCCAUGGACCGGAAGAACUCGCAAGCCUGGGCUGCCAUCCACAAGACGCGGCUCCAUGUAGCCAUCAACUUCGAAGGGAUCCUCGGAAAGGUGAAGACGGAAGAUGCCAUGCAGCGUGCCGUGGCAGUGGCAUCCACCUUUACAAAAUCUGGUAGAGCCGGGCGGAGUCCCAGGCGGCAGAAGGAAGGAGGAGGCUUGUUGGACAUGUUUGGCGCGGACACCUAG